GAUUUUGAAGUUUGAACUCUCUUCUAUGAUCUAUCGCCUUGUCGAUUCAAAUUCAGAGGGAGGGGGAGAGAGAGAGCUGUUACGUGCUUCUAGAGAGAGAAAAGAAGAAGAAGAAGAUGAUACUUAGAACUCCACCAGAGAAGCGGACAAGAGGAGGAGUCGCCGACUCAAAUGCAAUACCUAUCAUCGAGAGCCCUCAAUCGGACCACCACCAUAUCGUCAUCAACGAAGACAACAACAUUUCGCCGCUCCAACCUUCCUCCCCCGAACAACUCCUCUGCACCUAUCAGUGCCGCCAAUUGGUUAAAUCGGAUUUUAUAGACGCGUUGAGUAGUGCCGAGAAGCAAGCUCGCGAUUACCAGUCUAAAUUAGAGGGAAUCAAUGAAAAUUUCACGAAGUCUGAAGACGAGAAGAAGUUUCGAGAUAAAUUGUUACAGGCAGAGCAGGAACUUGCUGCUGCUAAAGGACGCGAACAAGCUCUUCAAAAUCAACUUGCUAAGGAAGUUAAUGAUAACCAAGAAAGGUUCAAGAAACAGUUAGAAUCACAAAGUAAACUUGAGGUUAACCUUGAAAAUGAGAAGAACCUUCGCCAGAAAGCUGAAUACUCAGCAGCUUCUGCUGAAGAGAAAGCAAGUGUUUUAGAGGGAAAACUUAGCUAUCUUUCUGAAAGCAUAGAAAGGGAGAAAAAGCGCCCCAAUAAUGAGCUUGAACAGAUGAAUAGAGAACCGGAGCGUUCUGUUUCUAGAAUAAGCGCAGAACUAGAAAAAAUGGAAUGCAGGGCCCAACAUGCUGAGAAAGAAUCAGAGCUACUGAAGGAGCAGCUAGAAGAUCUGACAAGGCAACUUACUGAGUGCUUGCACCAGAGGAGUGAAUUAGAGAAGAAAUUAUCAAGUUUCACAUUUCAAGAAGGUUCUUCUUUUGAUAGCACCAUUUUGGUUAAACAUCUGCAAGAGGAACUUAGAAACCAUGAGUCUGAAGUGAGAGAAGCAAGAAAGCUAAGAUCUUCUCAUGAAAACAUCGAGUUGUUGAAGGAAAAAUUAUUUGAAGAAAAAGGAUGGAGAGAAAGAGCAGAAUCAGAGCUAUCUAAGUUACUAGAAUUUGAGUUAAAUAUGAAGAAGCUGGAGGAUGAGUUGUCUUCUUGGAAGUCGGUGAUAAAGGAUAUCCCUGGGGUGUCGUGCUAUAACGAUAUACCUGCUAAGUUUGCAACUUUACAGAAAGAGGUUAUUGACAACAUGAUGAAGGUAGGUGAGGCAAAUGCACUUUUGAAACAAAUGGAGGUGGCCUUGGACACUGCCCAACUUGGUAAACAAAAUGCUGAAACUGAGGCUGCUUUGGCUAAAGAGAUGGCAGAAGCUUUGAAAUUGGAGGUCAAGGAGAUUGAAUUGAUGCUCUCUAUGGUUACCGAAGAGAGAGAUAGGUUGAAAAAUGUUGUUAAUGAAUUGAAGAGGCCAAAGGACGAUCGAAGAGGGGAUGCAACAGCCAGUGGAGUUCUUCAGGAGCUUGAAUCAUCUCUUGCAAAUAAGGGAUUUUGUAUUCAAGAAUUGGAGAAUAAUUUACAUGCACAAAAAGAAGUCAAUAAUCGCCAAUUGGAAGAAAUAAAGACACUCAAUGACAUGCUAAAUAAUGAAGCUAGAAGAAUUAAGUCAUUGGAAAGGGAGAGUGAUCGACUUCGUGCAGAGAUCUCCCUGUUGGAGUCUAAGCUAGGGCAUGGUGACUUCUCUGCUGCAAAUACGAAAGUACUGAGAAUGUUUAAUACGCUUGCAGUUGAUAAUGAGGCCAAACAAUCUAUUGAGGCUUUACGAACUGAGUUGCAGAAGACAAAGGAGAAGUUACAAGCUGUAGAAGAAUUGAAGAGUCAGUCAGUUUCAGGUGAUACGGGCAAGCUGGUGGACUCCUAUAUCUCUGGGAAGAUAACACAAUUAAAAGAACAAAUUGCAACUCUUGAAAAGCGUGAAGAAAGAUACAAGACAGUUUUUGCUGAUAGAAUCUCUGUGUUUCGGAGGGCAUGUUGUGAACUUUUUGGCUACAAGAUUGUAAUGGAUGAACAUCAGCGUUCUAAUGGAAUACCAGUUACUCGGUUUACCCUGCAAUCUGUGUAUGCUCAAAGUGAUGAUGAGAAACUUGAGUUUGAAUAUGAAUCAGGGAAUACAAACAUUUUGGCAAAUGAUUACACAUCGCAGCCCGACAUAUCUCGUCAGGCUGAUAUAUUUAUUCGGAAGAUGAACUCAAUCCCAGCUUUCACAGCCAACUUAACAGUGGAGUCUUUCAACAGACGAACUCUAUCGUAAUACAGAUAAAAAUAUCCAUACAGCUCUAUGUAUAUAGCUAUAUAUUUUCUACCCUAGUGAUUUUAUCUUCUAGGUAUGUGCUGUCAACUUGGAAUAAAUUCAGUUCUAUAGCUGUGAAACAUGGAUUUGUUUUUCUGAUCUGAUUAAGAUUUUGAUUUAAGAGGAUGGUUUGUGGUGGGAGAGUGGAAGAGGGAAAUGCUUAUAGCUCACCAUUCACAUUAGGGUGAAUGUGAAUCUACAAUCUUUGGUUCCUAAUUAUAAUUUGAGCUUAGUUGUGUCUUACGCUCUGCCUCUAAUGGGGAGGGGUGAUAAGAGGAGACAUGUGGGGGGGCAUUGAUAUCUGUCACUAUUGGCAUUUUGAAUUUAACUGUAUUCAACAUUAUUUAUAAGUCUUGAAAAGUCUUCUAUUUUGGAGACAAUGUGGCCUAAA